AUGAUCUUGUUGGCCUUUGAUAUUCGUGGUGCGUUCAAGGAGUUUGACCAAGCAUUGGCCAUGCUACCUGAUGCAGAAUCCAGGGCAGCGGUGAUGCGGUACAAGUUUGACAACGAUCGACAAUUGGCACUUGCGAGUCAGCUGUUACGACGCUAUGUGUUUGUGAAAUACUAUGGGUUCGAGUGGGAUACGAUUCGAUUUGGGAGUAUGACCAAGGGUGGUAAGCCUGUACUACUGCAUCCACACGAGUCAUCAUCAUCACCAUCAGCAGACACGUCUUAUGAUUUUAACAUCUCCCAUCAUGGACAUUGGGUCAUCCUUGCCGCCACUGAUCAACCUGGCCAUUGCGUAGGAGUGGAUGUGGUGACCAUGGAUACGCUACCAUCCUCCUCCUCUGUGACCGAGCUUAUCGAAUGCUUUCAACCACAGCUAUCACCACAAGAACAACACAUGCUCCGACAUCAUCCGCAUCCUCUUGAAGCAUUCUAUGGUAUCUGGGCACUGAAGGAAAGUUACACCAAAGCCAUUGGAGUAGGUUUAUAUCAUGAAUUAAAUCAACUCAACUUUUACAACUCAAAGGAGGGGUUGAUACAAAUGUCCAACACUGGUAAAGAACAACCAAAUCUGGGUUUUCACAUGGGAUGGUUGGAUGAAAAGACAUUGGCAGCCGUGUGUUAUGAUGAUGACAAGUCUACUCUAUGCAAGGACCUUGACGAUCCUCCAUUACAAAUCGGUGAUGUCUUUCGAGGAAGGAUAGAUAGACACUUUAGGAUAGUGACGCUGCAUGAUUGCAUGAGUGUGAAAUAA